UGCCAAGCGUGUUUUAUGUUAUGAAGCCACUGAAAAUGUAGUUUAGAAGUUGUAUUUUCAGGGAAGUGAAUGUUUGGCAGCUAAGAUCCUGAAGCCCAGAAAGGAAGAUUUGUCCCAAAUCACUGCAGAAGCUCAUGCAAAAGUCAGUUGUAAAUGCCAAACCAACCAGCUUCAGUAUGGUGCUAAAUGACCAGCUGAGCCCUUUUCCAUCUAGUCUUUUCUUUUCCUUUCUGUAGUUGUUUGGCAAAUAAAUACCUAGGCUAAUGUUUUUACACACCACAUGUAUAUUUUAAGCACUAUUUAAUUGUUUGUGGAAUUCUACUUUUAAUAUCAGAGUAACCAGCGUUUUAUCUCCCAAUGUACGAAAGGGCUUAUUUCUUGCUCCAAGGAGCUAAAAGUUAAUAAUAGGCAUAGAACAGUGAGUGGUUAGAAUCAGUAAGCUAAGGGGAAAGCAAGGGACUGGGCUAUGAGAGAUAAUCAUUCUUUUCACAGAUCUGCUUCUGAUGUGCUGAGUGAUGCUGGAUAAACCUCUCUGGUGGACAUCUCCACCUCAACAGCAAGUGUUGUCUUUGUCUAGAUUGUCAAUGUUUUGAGGAUAAGACUCCCUUUCUUAUUACAUGUAAUGAAAGGGUUUAUAUCAAUGAAGUUCAUUCUUAAGUGUCUAUAGAUUACUUUUUUGUCUGUCCAUGAGACAAGAGCAAGCUAUUGUCAAUAUAUUUACCUCUGCCAUUUGGAGGCCUCCACCUUCCACUGAAAGCAUCUCAAGGAUGAAACAGAUAGGAAACCUUUGGCUCACAUCAGCCUGAGAACCACAGACUCUGCUGCACUACCAACCACUAGCAACUGUCGUGGCAGAAGUGAACAACUUGUCCAGCACACGGCCAGGAGAGCUCCAUUUGCUCAUGGGUGGUCACACCUUACCUGGCUUGGUUUUGAAGAGCCUUAAAAAGCAAUGAGUAUCAAUACUAUAUUAAGGUUACAGCUUUACUUAUUCUAUGAUAAGAGAUGAGUUGUCUGAAGAAGUCAAAGUUAAUUUUUGUGACCUCUGUUUUCUCGUUUACUCUCUUAUAAGGAUCUGGAGAUCACCUUGGAGUUCUCAUCAUUGAACAGGAAACAAAGGUGUUGCAAGCAUAGAGAAGUAGCUUGGUAACCAUUCUUCCCAGUAUAAAUCAGCAAUAUAUUAAUUUCUGCAGCUGUCCUUCAGCUCCUCAAGUAAGUAAUGAGCUCUAAUGGUAGCACUGCAGGAAUACCCAAACAACCUUGCUCCCCAGCAGAAGUCUGGCCAUAGGCAAAAGUCAUGAUGGGCUGCAGAAUCAAGAGAGAGCAAAAGAAGUACUGAGCUUUAUAGAAUCACAGAAUCAUUUAGGUUGGAAAAGACCUCCAAGAUCAUCAAGUCCAACGUUUGGCUGAUCACAACCUUGUCAACUAGACUGUGGCACUAAGAGCCAUGUCCAGUUAUUUCUUGAACACCUCUAGGGAUGGUGACCCCACCACUUCCCUGGGCAGCCUGUUCCAAUGCCUGACAACAUUUCCUGUGAAGCUUUGUGAUGCUGUGGCCUCAUUGCUACUUGAACUCAAACUUGCCAGAGGACGAACUUGCUCAUACAUCAGGAGUAACUGCAGCUACAGCAAUGGGAUUUGUAUGUGCCACUGCAACCACAGAGGGGUACAUUUCCUCUCCUGCUAGGCAGAGCUUGCAGGAGCAGUAGAUGGGUAAGGACAUUAAAAGAACACAAAGAUCUGGAAAAUUCUGAUUUCCCUCCUCAUAUCUUCCAGCCAUUCUGUGUCCUGGGAAUACGUUUACUUUUUGCUCUUUCAAAACAAGGGAGUUUGAUAUCCUCAAAGAUCCACUCAGACCAGGAGAUAGGGCCAGGUGGAAAAGUGACUGUAUAUUCUUGGGGGUUAUCUCAGGUCUUCUUUUGACUUUGACAAGAGUCUCACUGCCACUGGCUCCCUUAACCAGCUCUUCCAAAAUAAGUGUUACAGAUUUAGGACAGGGGAAAACUUGUGCAGAUAAGAAACUGUAACACACACAUAUGCACAUAUUUUUGGAGCGAUAAGAUAUACACAUGAUAUACACAUAAUAAGAAAUACAACAAAUAAAAUCCAAUGAAGCAGGACAGGAUUUAAAAUGUUGCACAAGCUUACCCAGAAGUCAGACCACAGACAAAAAGAAAUCAAUUUGCACUUGUGUAGUCAAGUUAUUAUGGGACACGUGGCUCCUAUACAUAAAUUUGAAAGCAAAAUCUUAUUUGCCUGGGCUUAGUAUUUGCAUAACUGACAGGUCUAAGUUAAGUGUACUUCAGUGGUAGAGUGCCAGCCUGAACUUGCCAGAGAAAGCUCUACCUGUCAGAAGACCCUUGGGGAGAGCACGCACAUUUCUCACAGAGGACAGUUUAACAGAAUGAUUAAGCUUCAGCCUAAUUGACAAAAUGUAUUAAAACAGCACAUAAAUUUUGUGUAAUAGCCUCAGAAUGUACAAAUUAUCAGAAACAAGAUCAGCUUGUUGUUGUUUUCCUUUUUAAAUGCCUAAUAAUUUUAAAUUAUUUCAGCUAUUGGUUAUAUUUCAUGUUGAAUGAAUGUCUCAUUUUUCUUCACCCAAGAGGAAGCAUCUCUCUGAUCCUGUGUUUCUUUGAUACAGCAUUUCCUUCUUUCCUUGAAGAGAAAAAUGAGCUGGGGAUUCCUAUGUGAUCUGCUGAGUGGAGUGAAUAAAUACUCAACAGGAGUUGGAAGAAUUUGGGUAGCUGUUGUGUUCAUGUUCCGCUUACUGGUUUAUGUUGCAGCCGCAGAAAACAUCUGGAAAUAUGAACAUGAUGAAUUUGAAUGCAAUAUCAAACAGCCUGGUUGUGAAAAUGUCUGCUUUGACCAUUUUUUCCCUGUCUCCCACAUCAGACUUUGGGCUUUGCAAUUAAUCAUGGUCUCCACCCCUUCACUCUUGGUUGUUUUUCAUGUUGCCUACAGAGAGAAACACCACAACCAGAAGCUUUACAGAAACCCAGGAGAGAUAGAUGGUGGAUUGCUGUGCACUUACCUAAUCAGCCUCAUUUUAAAAAUAGGAUUUGAAAUAGUUUUUCUUGCUCUGUUUUAUAAAUUGUACAAUGGAUUCAAAAUACCACAUCUUGUGAAAUGUGACAUAAGACCAUGUCCCAGUAGCGUAGACUGCUAUAUUUCCAAACCCACAGAGAAGAUGAUUUUCCUCUCUUUUCUGGUGGCAACUUCAUGCCUGUGCAUCAUACUAAAUCUAAGUGAAUUGACUUAUCUAAUUUUCAAAUACUCCCCAAAAUGUUAUCUGAAGAGAUACAUGAAGAAACAGCAAGGCUCCAAAAGCAAUUGUCGCAAAUCAGAAACCAUUGGUUACAACAGAGCAGCACCUGAAGGACGAUUCCCCGAUAGCCCCUCAUCUUUGCCUCUGAAUAUACGAGAUGAACAUGAAAAAUGUUCCCCGUUGACUUGAAAGAAGGCUGGAGACCACCCUCCCAUUACACAAGCUGCUUUUGACAAAUUGCUUUUCCCAUGAGUGCUUUACAGAACUGAAAGGAUAGUUACAGAGGAAAUACUGUUUCUCUACUAGUUCCCCAUUACUCUAGCUGAUAAAUUCAGUUACAUUAUAUAUGUCAUACAUAAAAUCAUCGAGAUCUUUUCAUGUUUAAACAAGAAGUGUAGAAGCCUGAGAAUCCCAUGAAGUUUUAAUAUAAACACAGACGCUUAUGAUAAAUCAUGUGAAACAAUUGCUCACAGUUGUGUAUUGAAUAUUGCACAGAAUUGCUUUGGUACAAGCAAAAAGAGGCUUUUUAUAUGCAGAGGUGGAAGAACCUGGGACUGAUUAAGAAACUGAACAAUAAGGGGAUGUACAGCAUUUGUCAGGUGGGUGGAUCUGAUGACUGUUGCAACAGCAAUAGGAAAGUGCUGGUGUUUGAAGUGAACUAUGUAGUCACAUGCCCAUUCCACCAGACUAGAAAACAUAUCAAAACCAGAAAAAACCAAGAAGAGGUAGACGCAUCUAUUUUAGCCCACUUGCUUAUUUAGCUGUUUAUGGAGUACCUCCUUCUGAAAGCAUCUGAGCCCUUUACAACUUUAAGGGUAUUAAUCAUCAGAACUCAUCCUCUAAGGAAAGGCACUUGCUCAAACUUGUGCAAGCAGCACCAAGCAGCUCCCGAGUCAUUAGAUUUGUCUUCUGCUUUGUGAUUGUGGCAUUUAAGAGAAAGGAUCAUUCCCAGUUCCACAGGAGUGAGUAGAGAAAUGCAGACCACGCAAUAUGGCAGAACAGUAGCCAGUAGUCCCUAGUAUUGAAUAGCCUGGAAUCUGGUCCCUUAAGUAAGGCUGAAAAUACUGCUGCUCUUUCCUUCAGUAGAUUUCUCUGCUGUAAAAAUAUGAAAAACCUCCAGUAGAAACAAAGUAAAAAAGAAUCAUCUAUUCCCUUCCCCCCAAGUUUCAGAAUCUCUCUUAAAUACCACACACUUCUGCUCUGUGUUAUGUGUAUCAUUUGGGAAAACAGGAAAGGGAUAGAAAUUAGCUAAGACAUGUCUUCUGUUGAACCUAGACUUUUAAGACAACAGAAACUAGUGCCUAAAAAAACUUAUUUCAGGGUGGUGUGCUCUUUCUGUUGCUGAAAUGAAAGACCUUUGAACAGAUAUCAGUAGUGAGCCUGAUCAAAAUGCACCCUUUAGCAUUACAUUUAUGAGUAGUGGGGUACCAGUUACAGAAUUAACUUUAAGAACUAGUGAAUAAACUAUGUGCUUUUUGACUGUGAUUUUCAAGGUGUGUUGGUUUUUUUCCUAAAAUGAACCUACUUUUAUAAGGUUUUGCUGCCGAAUUGACCAGUGACAGCAGUCCCUCAGAUACCACCUUGCCAGCCUGUGGUCAGUUAAAGUUUUACAUCUCGAGUGAUGCUGAAUCAGUACCUAUAUCAAGACAAGGUGCUUUACGUAAUUCAGGAUGUUUCCUGUUAAAUUUCUACAUACACAGAAAUGUGGCUCAUGACAGAAAUUCCAGUUAGAAAGUCUUUUGCAGCUACUGGACAAAACCCACCAAAGAAUGCAUGAAGCAAAACCACUGCCCAUGAGCC